CGGUUAUCCCCACCGGACGCCUCUUUCCGAAACGGGGGAUUGAACAUUUGAGAGUGGUGGCGAUAACAGUAAUAACAAUGUAUCAUUCCCUUCAUCUUCCUCCUCCCACCACCCACCUCCUCUUCCAACCUCGCCGCCCCCUCCUCCUUUCCCCCACCUCUCCUCCUCUCCUCCUCACCACCACCACCACCACCACCACCACCACAGCGACCAACCCUUCCUCUCACCGCCGCCGAUCCCGCCGCCGCCACCUCUCCCCUCCCAAAUCGUCGUCUUCUUCGCUCUCUCUCCCCAUCGAUGGCUUCGAUCUCCGGCGAGAUAUCGGAAAACGAAGCGACGCCGCGGCGGGGAUUGCGGAGAGGUUGGCGUCGAUCAUCCCCGGAGGGAGCUGGUGGAGACUGGGGGACGAGGAAGAGGAAGGGAUCGGUGGGCGGCGGAAGGGCGUUUCGGUGAUCGUCGCGCUCCGCAGGAUGUGGAUGUUGGUGGCCAAGGAUAGAUUGGUCAUCCUCCUCGGCUUCGCCUCCCUCGUCGGCGCCGCGCUUUCGGAGAUAUCGAUACCGCAUUUCUUGGCAGCGUCUAUAUUUUCUGCUCAAAAUGGCGGAACAAUGUUCUACAGUAAUGCAAAGCUAUUAGUUCUUCUGUGCUUAACAUCUGGAAUAUGCAGUGGUCUGAGAGGUUGCUGUUUUGCCAUCGCUAACAUGAUUUUGGUUAGGCGAAUGAGGGAAAUGCUCUAUGGUUCUCUUCUUUUUCAGGAUGUGUCCUUUUUUGAUGAAGAAACAGUUGGUGAUUUGACUAGCAGGCUUGGGUCUGACUGUCAGCAAGUAUCUCGAGUCAUAGGCAAUGAUCUUAAUCUAAUAUCACGCAAUGUACUUCAGGGAACAGGUGCAUUAAUAUAUUUGCUGUUCUUAUCUUGGCCUCUUGCUUUAUCCACUGUGCUGAUUUGCUCUGCCUUGGCAACAAUUAUGCUCGUCUAUGGACGGUACCAAAAGAGAGCUGCUAAACUAACACAAGAAUUCACUGCGUGUGCUAAUGAAGUUGCACAAGAGACCCUUUCAUUAGUGAGGACAGUUCGAGUAUAUGGGACUGAAAACCAUGAAUUUAGAAGGUACUUUACAUGGCUUGAGAAGCUGUAUGAUAUAAGCUUGCGACAGAGCAUGGCUUAUGGAUGUUGGAGCUUAAGCUUUAACUUUCUUUAUCAUUCCACACAGGUUAUUGCAGUGUUGAUAGGAGGAAUUUCUAUCAUGUCUGGUCAUAUAACAGCAGAACAACUAACAAAGUUCAUACUAUAUUCCGAGUGGCUGAUUCUUUCAACAUGGUGGAUUGGAGACAACUGGUCCUCGCUGAUGCAAUCUGUUGGAGCAAGUGAAAAAGUUUUUAAGUUAAUGGAUCUCUUGCCCAGCAGACAGUUUUCAUCUGAAGGGCUGAAGUUAGAGAAGCUGGUUGGGCAUAUUGAGUUUGUUAACGUAUCAUUUUCUUAUCCUUCGAGGUCCGAGGUACCAGUUCUACAAGGAGUAUCUUUGUCAGUACAACCGAAUGAAGUAGUUGCCAUUGUUGGUCUUAGUGGAAGUGGGAAAAGCACAAUUGUCAAUCUAUUGCUUCGUCUAUAUGAACCAACAAACGGUCAGAUAUUAGUUGAUGGCGUCCCACUGGGAGAGUUGGACAUCAAAUGGUUCCGAGAAAGAAUUGGCUUCGUGGGACAGGAGCCGCGGCUAUUCAGAAUGGAUAUAAGUUCAAAUAUUAAGUAUGGGUGCCCUAGGGAGGUCAGUCAGGAAGAAGUGGAGUGGGCAGCGAAGCAGGCAUUUGCUCAUGAGUUCAUAGUGUCUCUCCCCAACGGAUAUGAAACUCUAGUUGACGAUGCUCUUCUUAGUGGAGGUCAAAAGCAGCGGAUUGCUAUAGCCAGAGCUAUCCUUAGAGACCCUACAAUUUUGAUUCUUGAUGAAGCCACUAGUGCGCUGGAUGCGGAGAGCGAACAUAACGUGAAGGGGGUCAUUCGAGCCGCUCAAAAUGGAUCGAAGACUGGGAGAACUGUGAUCAUCAUAGCACAUAGGCUAUCAACAAUCCAAUCUGCUGAUAGAAUUAUAGUCAUGGAUAGUGGUAGAGUUGCAGAGGUUGGAAGCCAUAAGGAGCUCAUUCAGGAGGACGGUUUGUAUGCGAGAUUAGUUAAACGACAGGCAGAUGCAUUUGCAUAGUUGUCACAACACUAUUGAUUUUUGUUUGUUCCAUGGGUUUUUCAGUGGAACAGCCAAGUACAAACAUGGAAGCAACAUAGACGAUACUGAUUCUUUUCAUACACCAAGGCGGUAGAUGUUAUUCUGAGUGGCUCGACCCAAAUUAAAACGAAAUAACAAUACUUUGUUAGGAAAUGUGUAACAUCACGGCUGUUGUUGUAUUUGUUUUGUCUCGAUGAAUAGAGAGACUGUAAUCAUAUCCUGUAAUUGAAAGAUCUUUUUUUCUUGAAAAAGAGCUUGUGGUUAGUAACAAACAGCGCGAUAUUAAACAUACAAAGCAUAUACUUUUUUC